GUCGUGAACGCGGCGCAGGCAUCUCCGUGCUUUGACAAAUUGUGUUUUCUAUACUUGACAUUACAUUUGUUUUAAUCCUCUAUCUGCACAGAAAAAAAGUCAUAAAAUAAGGAGGAUAUUACACUGAAACAGGUAACAUUUGAAGAGGGCUCUGUUAAUUUGUCAGCGUGGCGUGAACAUGACUGAGGUAGCACAAAAUAUAGCUGAUGUCGCACACGACAUGACUGAUGUGGCACAUGAUAUGUGUGAUGAAGCACACAAAAUGAGUGAUAAAGAGAACAACGACAACAUGAACGAGUUGCAUGGCCAUGUGGCACACAAAGAGGACGAUGUGGAACACGACAAGCAUGAUUUGGCACACAAAGACAAUGAGGCAUACACAAAUAACGAUGUGUCCCAUGACGAACAUGAUGAGGCACAAGAAAAGAAUGAGGCGCACAGCGACAAUGAGGAAGAAGUUCACACCGAAGAGGAUGAGGUUCGCACAGAGCCUGAGGAAGAGGAGGAGGAAGAAGAUGAGGCACACGACAGGAAUGAUGUGGAGCACAAAGAAAAUUAUACAGUUAAGGCAAGGCAAAGUUCAAGAUCCAGGAAGGACAAGAAUGAUGUGGCACAAAAUGGAGUGGCACAUGACAUGAACGAUGAGUCAGAGAAAGAAGAGAAGGACCAGUCACAGAACGUAUCUGAGGUGGCUCUGAAACAAAAGAGACUUCUGCGCUCCAAAAAGCCGGUGGCCAGGAGCUACGUGCCCCAGAUCGGUAAGGCUGACGUGAAGAACAAGUUUGAGGCCAUGCAGAAGGCCAGGGAGGAGCGCAACAGUAGGAGGAGCCUAGAGGAGCACCAGAAAAGGAAGGAGCAGUACGUCAAGGAGAGAGAAUACAACCGCAGGAAGCAACAGAUAAAAGAACUACUCGCCUCCAGUGAUGAGGAGGAGGAGGUGAAGCCGGCCAAGGUAGAGAAAUCCUACGUCCCCAAGAUCACAGGCAGUGUGAAGGGGAAGUUUGCCGAGAUGGAGAAGCAGAGACAAGAGGAGGAGAGGAAGCGGAUGGAGGAGGAGAGGAAGAAGCGCGCCACCCAGGACAUCAUGGAGAAAGCGAAGAUGCAGAAGGAGCUGGCCAAGAAAGCCGCAGAGGAGGGAGAUGACACCAUCCUGGUCCGUGUGGUGCCGGCAAAGCUGUCACGACCUCCAGGCAGGAUCAAGAUGAACUUUGAGGACCUGGAGAAGAACCGCGAGGAAGAACAGAAGAAGAGGACAGAGGAGGAGAAGAAGAAGCGCUACAACGAGAACAGGCUCUCCUUCCGCGAGGCCAAGCGGAGCUCGGUUGUCCAGGAUGAGGACGAGGAACAGCCCACAGAGAAGGAGCAGGUGACUCCUGGGAAGCUAAAAAUGACGUUUGAGGAGGCUGAGAAGGAGAGGCAGGAAUGCCUGAGAAAGCAGGCAGAGAGGGAGGCUAAACGACGUCUGCAGGACGAGAAGAAAGCCUUUGAGGAGGCCAAGCUGGAAAUGGGAGAAGAUGAGGAGGACUCACAAGGAGCUCAAGGCGAGAGAGACGUCAUCCAGCCUGGUAAACUGAGGUUGAGCUUCGAGGAGCUUGAGAAACAGAGGGUAGAGAAUGAACGCAAAGCAGCAGAGGUUGAAUACAAGAGACGAAUGGAAGAGGAGAGGAAGGCUUUCGCCGAGGCCAGGAAAAGCAUGAUAGUGGAUGACGAUGACGAGGUGUUGAUGGCCAUGCUGAACCUGGAGGGCAGCAAGCCAGGGAAGCUGUGUGUCAGCUUCGAGGACAAGGAGCGUCAGAGGAGAGAGGUGGAGGAGAAGAAAGCAGAGGAGGAGGCCAAGAGGAGGCUGGAGGAGGAGAAGAGGCUCUUCGCAGAAGCCCGCAAGAAUAUGGUGCUAGAUGAGGACGAGGACGGAAUGUUCAAGAGCGACUCCCAGGAAGCAUUGCACCCUGGAAAACUGGAGAUGAACUUCGAAGAGCUGCUAAAGCAGAAGGAGGAAGCCGAUAGGAGGUGCAAGGUGGCGGCGCGUAAGAAGAAAAUGGAGCAGGAGAAACAGGAGUUUGAACAGCUCAGACAAGAGAUGGGAGAGGAUGUGGUGAAUGAGAGCUCUGAUACAGUAAGUAAGGAGUAUGAGGAGCUGAAGAAACUCAAGAGGACCGGCUCCAUCCAGGCCAAGAACCUCAAGUCCAAGUUUGAGAAGAUCAAGCAGUUGAAAGACGAGGAGGUCCAGAAGAAGAUUGAGGAUGUGAGAGCAAAGAGAAAGGCUGUAGAUGAGGAAAUCAAAGAGAGGGAAGAAGAGAGGAUCCAGGAGGAUGAUGAUGAAGGCAAAAAGGACACAGAGAAAGGGGCUGAGGAGGCUCCGUUCAGACAGAAGGUGGACAUGCGCGCACGGUUUGAACAAAUGGCCAGAGCCAGAGAAGAGGAGGAGAAGAAGAGGGUGGACGAACAGAAGCUUCAGAGGAUGCAGUUCGAACAGCAAGAGAUUGACGCCGCUCUCCAAAAAAAAAGGGAAGAUGAGGAGGAGGAAGAGGGAAGCAUCAUCAAUAGCUCGGCAGCCUAUGAGGAUGAGGAGGACCACGCCAGGUCGGGGGCUCCGUGGUUUAAGAAGCCCCUGAAGAACCAAUCGGUGGUGGAUGCCGAGCCAGUGCGGUUCACGGUGAAGAUCACCGGGGAGCCCAAGCCGGAGGUGACCUGGUGGUUUGAGGGGGAGAUGCUCCAGGACUGUGAAGACUAUCAGUACAUAGAGAGAGGAGAGACAUUCUGCCUCUACCUGCCAGAGACCUUCCCAGAGGACGAGGGAGAGUACAUGUGCAAGGCUGUCAACAGCAGAGGCACCGCCGCCAGCACCUGCAUCCUAACGAUAGAAACUGAUGACUACUGAUGCUCUACUUUUUCUGGAACUUUCCCUGUCUCUCUCACUCCUUUUGUAAAACUUCAUCCCUCAUGGUAGGGCCAAAAAGAGGAGGAAACAGCAUUAUGCUCUCCAUUCCGUCUCGGGAUACACACAACAUGAAAAGUGCAAUAUCGUGUUGUUUACGUAUUGCUCAUCAUUCAUCAAUAAAGCUGCACUCCCUUUCAGUAUUACGUUUAGGAUGAAAUCUGUGCCAAAUCACAUAUUGAUCCCCUGAGUGAUUGCUGUCACAAAUGAUGUUCAGAUUGAUUUUGUGAUCAUAACAUCAUAUAUCAAGGCUGUUCAACUCUGAUCCUGGAGGGCUGAAACGCUUCUGGUUUUCAUCCUCUCCUUCUAAUCAGGGACUAAUUCAGACUUGGGACACCAGGUGAGUGCAAUUAACUACUAGGUAGAAGCAAAAAACUGAAAUGUUUUGGCAUUCCAGGACCGGAAUUGAAUAACACUGUCAUAAAUCAUAACAUCUUUGCAUCAGGGAAAGUCUCCCUUCAAAGGUAACAUUUCAGAAAGUUCCAUUUGAGAAUAUGGUGCAACCCAAUUUAAAGCCUAAUGAAAUACCUGUAAAAUAGACACAGCAGUAUGCAUUGCACAGUUAAUUUGCAGAAUUGGUUACUAAUAAAAGAAUGAUCUAAUUAGGAUUUUUGUUUCUUUUCAUUUUUAAUAUUUGAAUAAUUAUCUGAAAGGUUUGGUUGUAAUGUACACUUUGAUUUUUCAUAUCCCAAAAGUAUUUUUCACAUUGAGUUAAAGUACAACUCUACAGGAAAUUGAUUAUAUAAUUGUCUUGGACACUGUUGUAUGGCUUGAAAUACAGUAUAGUGACAUGUUUGUGAUAUGUUUAUUUAAAGUUUUAAUAAAAAGUGCUAAAUACUA